AUGAAGACGACGAAGGGUGGUAAAGUUAUGAACCCUACCGAUGCUUAUCGGAAGGAGAUUCGCAAGAAGGAAUUGAAAAGGAAUAAGAAAGAAAGAAAGAAGGUGAGGGAGGUUGGGAUCUUGAAGAAGGAUCCUGAUCAGCUGAAAAAGCAGAUUGAUAACUUGGAAAUGAUGAAGGCUGAUGGUGCCUUGGAUAAAGCAAGAAAGCACAAGAAGAGGCAACUUCAAGAUACACUUAAUCUUGUCAUGAAGAAGAGGAAGGAAUAUGAAGAAAAAAUGCGAGACAAGGGUGAGGCUCCUGUUAUGUUCAGUCAUUUGGGCCCUCCUCGAAGGAGAACAAGCGCUGAAGAGGAAGAGAGAGUUAAUCACCCAAAACCAGAGGACUCUGUUUAUUACCAUCCUACCUUAAAUCCUACCGGGGCUCCACCGCCAGGAAAACCCCCUAUGUUCAAAUCGUCUAUAGGACCUAGAAUUCCCUUGUUUGAUGGUUCAUCAAGUACUGCUGCAUCUUCCUCGGCAAUAGAGUCCGAGGAUGGUGUAUUAUCCGUACCUCCACCUCCCCCACCACCACCACUGCCUGAUGCUAGUUCAGCUGAUGGUACUGUUUUACCUGCAUCUUUGCCUCUGCCUCCACCACCUCCCAUGCCUCCAAAGCCUGCUGCUGGGUUGCCUGCAUCAUUACCUCUGCCUCCUUUGCCACCUCCACCUCCCGGUCCCCCGCCUAAAGAACAAACUGUAAAUCGGUCUUUACCGCCGCCUCCACCUCUACAACAGUCUCAGCCGCCUCCACCUGGCACCAAUGAAGGUGAAGAAAGAAAUCAGUCUGCAUUGCCAGAUAAUCUAUCUUCCAAGGAGCCUGGUCAGGUGCAGCUUCCUCCGCCUCCUCCCCCUCCAAAUCGUAUGCCCCCAAAUUCUAGUGCCAUACAGUCAGAUGGUGCUGUGGUUUCUACCGACAACAAGAAUUCUCUGUCAAACCAGGAGAUCCAGAAAAUGGUUCCUGGGCCUCCACCUCCUCCUCCUCCCAGGCAACAACCUCCUGUUCCAGGACCCACAUUAAUCCCAACUUUACAGCCUGAUGUAUUGCCUCCUGGAAUAUCUCGGUUCCCACCACCCCCACCCCCACCUGAUAUGAGGCCUCCUCUACCUAUGGUUGGACUUCCAGGUCAGGCUCCUUCUCCUGGAAUGAUGGUCCCCCUAAUCCCAAGGCCACCAUAUGGUCUUCCACCUGGACCUCCUCCAAUGAUGAGACCACCACUUCCACCUGGCCCUCCUCCAAACUUUCAGGAAGAGGAUCAUAUGGCAAUUAGGCCACCUCCUCAGAAACCAUCAUAUGUUAAAUCUGCUGCUUCUACUGUUGUGAAACGACCAUUAGCUCAGCACACUCCAGAACUCACAUCAAUGGUUCCUGCGUCCGUGCGGGUGAGAAGAGAGACUGCAAUGACCAAAACAAAGCCAAAACCGUCUGUGUCAACGUCAACAUCUAGAACAGUCUCUGCACCACCAGCGCCAACUAUUGUAAAACCAGACUCAGUGAGCUCGUCAUCUGCUCCAAAAGCACCGAGCAUUGAUGACUCAUACUCGGCUUUCUUAGAGGACAUGAAAGCACUUGGUGCCCUUGAUGGUUGA